AUGGCUAGUAGUGUCGUUAACAUUAUUGGAGCAUCGUGUAAGCGUCGUGAUGCACUUAGAGAGCAACAACAAAAAGAUAUUAUGAAAGCUCUUGAAAUUGAUGAUCUUGAAACAGGGCGAGGGUUAAAUCAAGAGACUACUCUCAAACGUCCUUGUGAUACACGUUGGAACUCACAUUAUGAUACUUUACUUAGUAUUAAUACUAUGUUUCAUCCCGUGGUGAAGGUGCUUGAAUGGAUUGUUGAUGAUGUCAACCAAGAUAAUUUAGGUGAAACAAAUAGGUUAUUGAAAGAAAUACAAACUUUUGACUUUGUGUUUCACCUAUAUUUGAUGAGAUUUAUAUUGGGAAUCACAAAUGAUUUGUCAAAGGCAUUACAAAAGAAAGAUCAAGAUAUUGUGAAUGCAAUGAUGUUGGUCCAAAGAUAUAAGCAAAAGCUACAAUCCGUGAGGGAUGAUGACUUUGAUGAUCUGCUUGGCAAAGUAUCAAUAUUUUGUGGCAAUAAUGAUAUUGACGUUCUAAACAUGGAUGAUUUAUUUGUACCACAAGGGAGAUCACGACGUAAAGCUCAGAAAAUCACCAACCGCCAUUAUUAUCGUGUGGAACUAUUUCUUAAUAUCAUUGAUAAGCAAGUAGUGGAAUUGAAUAAUUGCUUCAUUGAGGUAAAUACUGAAUUGCUUCUUUGUAUGGCACAUUUGAGUCCGGCUUAUAAUUUUGCAGCUUUUGACAGACAAAAAAUACUUCGUUUUGCUCAAUUUUACCCUCAAGAAUUUAAUGACCGAGACCUCAUGAAACUUGAAGAUCAACUUGGGCUUUACAUUAUUGAUAUGCAGAGCAGCACUAAGUUUUCAUCAUUGAACGGAAUUACUUAUCUGGCAGAAAAAUUGGUGAAUACAGGAAGGGGUAGAAUAUACAACUAUGUAUAUGUACUUCUUACAUUGGCUUUAGUUUUACCCGUUGCAACAGCUUCGGUUGAGAGAGCUUUUUCAGCUAUGAAUAUUGUGAACACACCAUUGCGUAACAAAAUAGGGAAAUCAAUGGUUGAGUGA